ACAGAAUCCAGUUUAGUCCCUGCCAGCCUGACUGUGCCAGAUGAGUGCCUAGCAAACUUGAUAUUAACUGCUUUAUUCACUGCCCUCGUCAUCUGUACUAACCAGCUCUAAAGGGUGCUUUAAGAAAACUAUAGGGAAACUUUCAUUUUUGUAUUUUUGUAAUGCAAAAGCUGCCAUGUAAUAAAGAAAUACUGUUCCAAAGACCAUUGACUUGUGCUGUGGAUUUCUUUCUGUAGCUGUUUGCAAGGAUAAAUGCAUCUGUUGGUGUGUGUUUGAGUUGGAGUGUAUUGUCUGGCUGGUUAUAAUCGAGUGUCAUAACCAUGUUGGAUGUUAUAUUCUGCAUUGAGGUGUUUAGUAUUAGAUGUCUCUCACUCCCUCUCCCUCUCUGUUUUUCAGAGUUGUCCUCGGCUUCCGUGGUGAUGCAUUUAUAUCCGUGUGCUCGGGUUUCUCUGUCCUGCCCUGGCUGCAGGAACGGCCGUCAUAGUACCGAUCCCGUAAUACUUACCCAUCUGACCUGUUAGCGUGACUCCAGCACUGAAGCCUUUGCUGCAAGGCCUAGAUGCUGUAUGGGGAAUAUCGGGAGCAGCUGGGUAAUAUUGCCAGACAGGAGGCCACACGUCUGUUGACUGAAAGGCAAUGGAAGAGACAUGCUGGCAAUGCCAAGGCAACCAGGAGAGACCACGGUCAAGCACAUCAUGCCAGUCUGGAUGUUGGGUCCAUGACUCCUGGUUUAAGCCCCUCCUCCUCUACAAAGAAGCCACACCCCUAUUCCAAAUGCCAGGACUGCCUGGCCCGGAUCCAGAGGUAUAUUGUGACAAAGUUGGGCGAGGACUGGAUCUUCCUGGUUCUUUUAGGUCUCACUAUGGCUCUGGUUAGCUGGAGCAUGGACUAUGCCAGUGCCAAGAGCCUACAAGCAUAUAAGUGGAUGUUUGGAGAGCUGAAGGAGAAUGUGGCUCUGCAGUAUCUGGCCUGGGUCUCGUAUCCCAUCAUUCUUAUCGUGUUUGCAUCCUUCUUCUGCCACCUGGUCUCUCCACAAGCUAUUGGCUCUGGGAUCCCUGAGCUCAAGACCAUUCUCAGAGGUGUGGUGUUAAAGGAGUAUCUGACGCUCAAGGCGUUUGUGGCUAAAGUCAUCGGUCUUACGGCUGGGCUGGGCAGUGGUAUGCCCAUCGGGAAGGAGGGUCCUUUUGUGCAUAUUGCCAGUAUAUGUGCGGCAGUGCUGAGCAGGGUCAUGUCCAUCUUCACCGGUGUGUAUGAGAACCCCUAUGGUUACACAGACAUACUGACAGUAGGAUGUGCUGUUGGGGUGGGCUGCUGUUUUGGGACUCCCCUUGGAGGUGUGUUGUUCAGUAUUGAGGUCACGUCGACAUACUUUGCAGUGAGGAAUUACUGGAGAGGAUAUUUUGCUGCCACGUUCAGUGCCUUCAUAUUCCGAGUACUGUCAGUGUGGAACAAAGAUUCUGUUACGAUAACAGCACUGUUUCGUACAAACUUUCGUAUGGACUUCCCCUUUGACCUGCAGGAACUGCCAGCUUUUGCAAUAAUUGGGAUCUCAUGUGGGUUUCUAGGGGCGUUCUUUGUCUAUCUGAACAGACAAGUUGUUCUGAUCAUGAGGAGACCGACGGCUCUUACGCGGUUCCUCACAAAACACCGGUUGAUUUAUCCUGGUGCUGUGACACUAAUUAUAGCCUCCUUCACAUUUCCUCCGGGCUUCGGACAGUUCAUGGCUGGAGAGCUGAUGCCAAGAGAGUGCAUUAAUUCACUGUUUGAUAACUUCACUUGGACAAAGAUCUCGGGUUCACCGGCUCCACCCGGAUUGGGUCGCUCUGCUGCCUGGCUCCACCCACAAGUCAGCGUCUUCGUCAUCCUUCUCCUCUUCUUCGUCAUGAAGUUCUGGAUGUCUGCGGUCUCUACUACAAUGCCAGUCCCUUCUGGAGCUUUCAUGCCUGUUUUUACAUUGGGAGCAGCAUUUGGUCGUUUGGUGGGUGAGAUUAUGGCCACGCUGUUUCCGAAUGGAAUUCUGUUUGAUGGGAUCGUGUACCAAAUCCUGCCUGGAGGCUAUGCAGUGAUAGGGGCAGCAGCUAUGACAGGAGCAGUCACACACACAGUUUCAACAGCAGUCAUCUGUUUUGAACUGACGGGUCAGAUCUCGCACAUCCUGCCCAUGAUGGUGGCUGUGAUUCUUGCCAACAUGGUGGCACAGGGUCUACAGCCUUCUCUUUAUGACUCCAUCAUUCAGGUCAAAAAGCUGCCCUAUCUUCCAGAGCUCGGCAUUGGCCACAUCAGUAAAUAUAAUAUCUUUGUGGAGGACAUCAUGGUGAAGAAAAUAAAGUUUCUGUCACCUCAGUCCACUUACAGAGAGCUGAACGAUCUCCUGGAGUCCACGUCUCUCAAAACCAUCCCGCUCGUCGACUCCAAAGAGUCAAUGAUUCUAUUGGGCUCCAUUGAGAGAUGUGAACUUCAGGCUGCCUUGGAUUGGUGUCUCUCAGCCGAGAGGCGGGUUUAUAACCGAGGUGAGGGCGUUUCCAGCCCGGGGUCACAGGUCAACUGGGAGUCCUUCGCCUUUGUGGAUGAGGAGGUUGGAGAGGAGAAUGGAGACGAGGAUAACAGAGUCUCUGAAGAGUGUAACGGCCCGCUGGGGUCCACCAAAACCACAGAUAUCUCCACUAAUCACACCACAUCUGGUGCCCUGCAGUCCAUGAGGAGGACUCUUCAUCGUCUUUUCUCCUCGUCUUCCUCAUCAGGACAGACUGAACCAGAGAGCCCUGCAGCUCCUCCUGUAGUUGAUAACAUGACUCCUGAAGAGAUCAAAGCCUGGGAAGAGGAAGAGCUGGAAAAGCCGAUUGACAUUGAUCAGAUCCGUGUUGACCCUUCACCUUUUCAGCUGGUGGAGAGAACAUCUUUGCAUAAGACACACACCCUGUUCUCUCUCCUGGGUCUCAGUCAUGCGUAUGUAACUAGUAUUGGUAAACUGGUCGGGGUGGUCGCACUAAAAGAGCUCCAGAAAGCAAUCGAGGGUUCGACUCGUAGCGGAGUGCGGCUCCGUCCUCCUCUGGCCAGUUUCAGAGACGCGAGACGCAAGGCCAAAAAGCCUUCUCAUUCCCCUUCCGUCCCGUCCUCUCCCACAAGGGACAGAGAGCUGUGGAGUGAGGGAGUGAAAAGAGAAACUCAAGACGAUUCUGCUGAUAGCUGUAUCCAGACAGCUGACAAAGAGUGUGAUAUCGCCACGGACAGCAGCAGAAGUACCGCCAGCACCUCUCAGGAGCAUUUGCCUUCCCCUUCUUCCACAGUCCCUCUCUCCUCUCUUCGUUCUGUGCCUGAAGGAGAGGCGGAUGCUGAUAGAGAGAGUGAUGAGGAGCCUUUAUAGGUCUAUUUUCUCAAAUUCAGCCCUCCAGGGGGAGGCAAACCAUAUUAUGGUGCCGCCUUUGAGCCCAGCACGAGCCACUUGCACAAGACUUGUUGGUUGAUUCUCUACUCUCCGGACAGGACUCUCUAUACUCUUUCUUUCUAGAUGUUUUUUUCACUUGCGUUUCUUUUGUUGUCUAUACAUUUGUACAUAUGGACAGUCGGUCUGACACAUCUCACUGAAUGUCUUCUCUCUCUUUGCUAGUCGAUCCCUGUGUUUGUCUGCUGUACCUGAUAUUAUAUCACUGUAAAAAGGUUUGUAAAAAUUUAGAUUUUUUUUCCCCCUAACAAGCUAUUUGCAUCUGAUCUGAACUUUGUCUUAGUGUAACCUAAUGUAGUCAGGUUAAUUUAGUCAUACUUUCCCUGAUAAAACUUUUUUACUUUAUAGAUAUGAAAUUUAAAGCAAUAUUUCAGGUUCAACAUACAAGUUAAACUCAAUUCAGUGUUAAAGGGUUACUCCAUCCCAAAAUGAAAAUUUUGUCAUUAUUCACUUACCCCAUGUCGUUCCAAACCCGU